AUGCAGGGAAAGCACCGAUGCAGAGAGCUGGGAACCAGGAGCAUCGUUUCCUACCUGCAGGCUCUAUCGAACAGGAUACAGGGCAAGAAAUUCAUAGGGGCAGACGAACAUGGCAACAAGUUCUGGGAGAUCGCCAACCCUGGCGGCGUCCCUGACCCCAAGAGGGAGAUUGAGUUUGUAUCUAAGGACAUGGUUGACUUCAGCAUGAACGAAAUCCCGUCAGAGUGGCGCAUGUGGCUGAAGCACCAUCGGAAGGACCCGCCGACAGAGGAGGAGAUUCUGAGCUCGCAGUAUGAGCAGCAGACGACGAGGGCGAACGCGAAGAUCGUGGAGGAGCGAGACAAGGCGAUGGGCUCAGCGAGCUCGAAGCAAACGGGCUUGCGAGAAGUGGAGGAGUACGACCCGACUAAGUGAAGGCGGAGAGUUGCGGGGGAGGAUGGUGGUUGAGGUUAAAGAGGAAGGGGUGUAUUGUGUGUUGUGUCUAGUUCGACUGUUGUGUUUAUCUUGUUGUAUGAUGAUGACGAUGACGAUGAUGAUGAUGACGACGAUGAUGACGAUGACGAUGAUGUCAUGGUUUGCUCUCAAGAUUUGAAGGCUCGCUAGAGUGGCUCAACGAGUGGAGGACAGUGAGUGUUGCCAAUUGAGGAUAUGACGAAGUUGGGCGCGAAAGGAGCUAUGGCUGAGGAGGGGAGAAGAGAGAAUCGGAGAGCCAGAGGAGGAGGAGACGUGAAGCUCUUUCAUAAACUUCAAGUUUGCUCUCG